UCUAGAAUACUAGACCUUGAAGGGUUGAGUAAUAAUAAUACACCUAGCAGGAACAUCCUGGGGAGCUGAAAAGAAAACCUUAAGACACUUAUACACUGGAUAUGUCAGAUCUGUAAUGGAUAACUGUCUCUCUAUACAAGUAGCUGCCAACAAAACCUAUCAAUCAUCAUUAAAUACAAUCCAAAACCAAGCCUUGCGGUUAAAUAGUGGAGGUAUGAGAACUACUCCCACAGCAGCCUGUGAAAUAGACUCCAAUAUUGAACCUCUUAAGUUAAGGCGCAACAGAGCAGCAUUAGAAGCUAUUGAGAGAUACAGAAGGUUGGAGGACGAUCAUCCAAAUAAAUUACUAACACAGAGAAAUAGGAAAAACAACCAAAAAAAGCAAAGGACUCUGAUCCAACUUACUGACGAACUAGCCCUAAAACACCACCUACCCAAUAACAGAGAAAAAAUUACCAGGUUUUCAAACAUUACACCCUGACUAAACCACAAACAACCAACCAUCAAAACACAUUUACUAAAUAACACCUUAACAAAAGAAUCAAAUCCACUGGAGCUCAAAGUAGGCAUGCUUGAAACAAUAGAAAGCUAUAAAAAAACAGCUAUCCAUAUUUAUACAGAUGGAUCGGCUUUCAAAGCUACCAUCAAUGCUGGUCUUGGUGCCUUCCUGGUCUUCCCUAAAAAUAAACACUUUGAGAUAAGCGCACCCUGUGGUGAUUACUGCUCAAACUUCCAAGCCGAAAUUGAGGCAAUUACCAUAGCACUCCAGACAGUGGAAAACAAAUUAUAUGAAGGAGUGCAACCACCAUCAGAUAUUGUUGUCUUUACAGACUCCCAAUCUACUCUGCAAGCACUUAACAGCAGCACCUCAAACAGCCCAAGAGAGUUGACAACACUCAUUGUGAUAAUCCACCAGAUGAUAUCAAAAUUAAAUAUCAAUAUUACACUACAGUGGAUCCCUGGACACAUUGACAUCAUGGGAAAUGAAAAGGCAGAUAAGCUAUCAAAGGCAGGUUCAUCUAUGGAACAACCAGAUAGACCUGUUAGCUACCUCACCCUAAGGUCAAUGUUAGUCAACAAUCACAAAGAGGAGUGGCUCAACCAAUGGGCAUCAGGAAACACAGGCAGAGCCAUGUACAGAGAAAUGACUACGCCUAACAAACUGGACAGUAUUAACUUCCUCCCCCGCAAAGAACAAUCUACAAUCUUCCAACUAAGAACAGGACACACACCACUAUUAAAUUACCACCUGAACAAAAUAAACUCCACACAACUACCCCUUUGCAGACAUUGCGCCCACCCCUUUGAAACCGUAAACCAUAUCCUCUUUGAAUGCCCCUCCCUAAUCCACCUUCGGCAGACCCUACUUCCACUACAGCCCAACAUAACCAACACCCUGUACGGCAGUGCUGAACAACUGAAGAAAACAGCACACUUUUUUUCCUUGGCACAGUCUGCAAAAGAGCUCACAGCUCAGCAGCAAUAAAGCUGGCUAGAAGAAGAAGAAGAAGAAGGCUUGAGUAAAGAGUAGAUCUCUAUCACAAUCUAUAUGAAUGUUGUAUAUAUGUCUAGAUAUGCUAACUUAAAUAGCUAGAAUAUAGAUCUAGAAUCUAGUCUAGAUUAGUAGAUCUAGAUCUAAUCUAGGUCUAACAAUAAAAUUGAUUCGGAAUACCUUGAAUUCAUCCUUUGUGAUUGUGUAGGCACUUUCAGUAGAACAAGAUUAUAAGUGAAGAGAUCUGGAUAACACAAGGAGGGCAGCAAAUCAUUUUCUUUAUUAUGAUGGCUUGCUUUCAAAGUGUGGCGAUUUUAUUGUUUACCAUGGAGUUGUCUACUUUUCAAAUUUUACUGACCAAGUUUUGUACAGUGAC